CCAUACAUACCGUACCGUGUCUGUCUGUGCCAACCGAUUCGCGGGUGGCUUUUGAGUGUGAGUUCGGCUUUGCUUUGCCUUGGUUUUCAAGAAGGCGGGACGGGUGUGUUCAAAUCAGGUGCGCAGAUAAACUUGUCAUUGAAAGUUCGGCAUGCCGAUGGCAUGGUCUUCCUUUUUUUUUCGGAAAAAAAAAGUAGAAUCAGUGUGAGGCUGUGGUAUUGUCAUCUCGAUUUGCUAACUUGUAUUUUGAUCAUAGGAUAGAGUGUACGACUCAUUUAUUGGUUUCCGUUCUGAUUCAACGAGGGCAAAGAGUAGAUUCGUGGCGAUACCCUUGACUUCUCGGGGAAGAUAGGAUAGAACUGGAGAAGAGGAAGCCAAUCAAUUGAUAUCAAUAUCAAAGACCAAUAACGGAGCAAAGGACGGGAGUCAUGGCAACACCUCAGAACAACCCGGGGCUGCCGAGCCCACCAUUCUUCAACAUCGGCAACAUCAAUAAUCUAAGGGAUGCCGCGCUGGCCGAGGGAGGCUUGAAGACGGAAUCAGGACUGCUUGUAAGGACUGGAGUUCUAUUUCGGAGCGCGGAUGUCAGUUUUCUGGAUCGGGAAGGGUGGGAGAAGGCGAGGAAAAUUGGAAUCGCACACGUCUUCGACCUACGUAGCAAGCCCGAAGUCGAGAAAGGCUGGAAAGGCAUCACAGGCGAAGCUGCGAAUCAAGAAGACGUAGACAUCAGACUCGCCAGGGAAGAAGGCAUGAAGAGUGCCGGCGUGCAACGGUCCUGGGUUCCUGUUUUCGAAGACACGGACUAUUCGCCAGAACGACUGGCUGAAAGAUACAUGCACUACGUCGAUGAAUCCUCCCAAGGCUUCGUCCAAGCAUACCACGACAUCCUUAUGCACGCCGGUCCAGCAUACCGCACUAUUUGCCAGUACCUCGCGUCUCUCCCAUCACAUACCAAUGACAGCACUACGACUACUGGCCCUGCAGCUGGUGCGCUGAUCCACUGCACAGCAGGCAAAGACCGUACAGGCAUCUUCUACGGCAUCCUGCUGUCCUUCCUCGGAGUCCCCGAUGACGUCGUCGCAGCCGAGUACUCGCUCACCGAGGUCGGGCUUGCGCAUAUGCGUGAAUCGGUUGUCGAGAGAUUACUCCAGGGUCCAGGGUUCGAUGUUUAUAUGCGGAAGCUGAUGAGCGAUGAUGCUGCUGCUAAUGCGAAUGGAGAGUUUCCGCCAGAGAUUCUGGAGAAAGGAAAACAGGCAGCGUUGAGGAUGAUGGGAGCGAGGAAGGAGAGUAUGCUGGGUGGGUUGGAGAUGGUGAGGAAGGAAUGGGGAAGUGCGGAGGGAUAUUUGAGGAAGGUUUGCGGGCUGGAUGACGGGGAGGUGGAGGGGUUGAGGGAGGCUCUUUUGGUGGGGAGCUGA